AGAGAAAAAGAGGGAGAGUAAUUAAAAAAAGGGAGUGGGGAAGAGUGAGAGUAAAUGGGAGAGAUAGAGAGAAUAGAAACCUGUCUCGUGAAGCUGCAGGUAAAGAAAAGAAAAUAUAUAUCAAAAAAAGCUCUUUUCUUUUCCUCUCUUUCUCUCUCAUUCCUUCCUCUGUAAAACCCACUCUGGUUUUCUCUCUCUAAAGAAAAAUCAGAAGAGGUUGGUUUCUCUCUCUAGCAUUCACAUUCAUUCUUUGCUUCACCCUUUUAAAAUCACGAGAUCCCCACCCAUUUCUCUCUUUCCCCUCUCCCUUCCCCUAUUCUAUUCAUGCCUUGUUCAAAAACCUCGCUUUCUCUCUCUACCCCUCGCCAUUGCUGUCUCUGCUCCUCUCACACUUGACAUUGCUGACGAUAAUUCCAAAGACUGCUCAUUUAUCAACAUUCGCACAAAGAGGAGUUGGAGCCGCCUGCCUAGAAAAUGUCGGGGAAAACCAAACCGGAAUUAGGGUUGGAAUCGCUCUCGGAUCGGCUCAGAAACACCCUCACCUACGACGAAGAAGAUUGCGAUGUGGUCAACAAGCCGGACUUCCGGGAACUUGAUCUGGGCUCGCCCGUCUCCCCGCUCCGAACCCGGACCACCACCAGCAGCAGUUCCAGUUCAUCCGGAUCGGUUUCGGGCCGCAACUCCUCCGGACCCAACCCGAAUCUGCCCCGAAAGUCCGAUUCCAUUCCCAACAGCCAUUCGGGAGAGCUGUCCGCCGAGAGCUCUCCGUCCGCGCUCCGGAACUUCAAACCGGGUCAUACCCGGUCGGAUUCCAACCCCCCUUCCUCCUCCGUCACCUCGCCGCCUUUAAAUGUGCUUCCCACCGGCAACAUUUGCCCCUCUGGCCGGAUACUCAAAACCGGCAUGGCUAGUAGGUCAUCAAAAACCGAUGUUUUGGGCUCCGGUUCAGUUAAUUACGGCCACGGCAGCAUAAUGCGGGGCGCUCUUGCAUCUAAACCGGCCGUCGAUACCUCCCCACCGGCUUAUUCCAGAGGACUCAUGGUGGGCGGCGAGCCGCUGAAGAGACCGCCGGCGGUUUGCGGUGGGAGUGAUCCGGAGGAGGUAAAGAGAAUGGGGAAUGAUAGCUACCGAAAGGGUAAUUUUGCCGAGGCUUUGAGCCUCUACGAUAAGGCGAUCGCUUUAUCGCCGGGAAAUGCCGCCUACCAUUUUAACCGGGCGGCGGCGCUGAUGGGCUUGCGGCGGUUGGUGGAGGCGGCCAGGGAAUGCGAGGAGGCUAUUAGGUUGGAUCCGGGUUAUGUGAGGGCUCACCACCGCUUGGGAUCUCUGCUUCUUAGCUUAGGACAUAUUGAGAAUGCAAGGAAACAUAUUUGUUUUAGUGGGCACCAACCGGAUCCUGCUGAGCUGCAAAAGUUGCAGUCUGUAGAGAAGCACAUGAGCAAGUGCACCGCUGCACGAAGAGGUGGUGAUUGGAGAAGUACGUUGAGGGAAGUUGAAGCUGCCAUUGCAUCUGGAGCUGAUGCUUCACCUCAGCUUUGCGCAUGUAGGGCAGAAGCUCUGUUGAAGCUCCAUCAACUAGAUGAUGCAUUUUUGGCGUCACCAAGUAUCCAUAAUUCUGCUCCAUCUACCCAUCUCCAUUCCCAGUCAAAGAUAUUCGGGAUGCUUUUCGAAGCAUACCUGUAUUUUGUAAGAUCCCAAAUUGAGUUGGCCAAGGGAAGGUUUGAAAGCGCUGUAACAGCCAUCGAGAAGGCUGGACAGAUAGACCCUCGUAAUGUUGAAAUAUCAAUUCUACUUAGCAAUGUGAGGCUGGUGGGACGUGCUCGUGCUCGUGGAAAUGAUUUAUUCAAAUCAGAAAGGUUCACCGAGGCCUGCUCAGCUUAUGGGGAAGGCCUCAAACUUGAUCCUUCGAACUCUGUUCUCUACUGCAACAGAGCGGCUUGCUGGUUUAAGCUUGGCAUGUGGGAACGUUCAGUCGAUGAUUGUAAUCAAGCCCUCCGUAUCCAAUCCAAUUACAUCAAAGCUCUGCUUCGAAGGGCUGCCUCAAACAGCAAGCUCGAGCGGUGGAGUGAAGCUGUAAGAGAUUAUGAGGUGUUGAGACGGGAACUCCCGGAUGACAAAGAGGUCGCUGAAUCUCUGUUCCAUGCACAAGUUGCUUUGAAGAAAUCGCGGGGAGAAGAGGUACAUAACUUGAAAUUUGGUGGGGAAGUGGAGUCUGUUUCAGGUCUUGAGCAGUUCCGAGCUGCUAUUUCAUCACCUGGUGCAUCCGUGGUCCAUUUCAAAACAGGCUCCAGUGCAGAAUGUAGACAGAUAUCUCCAUUUUUGGACACAUUAUGCACCAGAUAUCCGUCUAUUAAUUUUCUCAAGGUGGAUAUUGAAGAGAGCACUUCAAUUGCUCAUGCUGAGAAUGUUAGAAUAGUGCCAACCUUCAAGAUAUACAGAAGGGGUACGCGAGUGAAGGAAAUGAUCUGCCCGAGCCCCGAGGUUUUGGAGUCAUCGGUGAGGCAUUACAGCACAUAAGAUAAUUGAUGUUUGAUAUACCUAUAUGCAUUCUUGUCUUGCAUCACCAAGAAAAGCCCGGGUUAAUCGGAAAAGUUUUUUACCUCUGGGGAUGGAUUACUAGUUAAACCUGUGACAUUAAAUUACAUCUAUUGCCUAAUAAUCUCAAUAGGAUCUGCCAAAAUGCUCGUGGAAUCAAAGACAUAGAUUAGUAGCCUUAAAUUCAUUCUUUGGUGUGAUCCCAACUUCGUUUUCGGCCUUCUUCUCUUCUCAUUUAUAUCUUUUUUUGGGAUCUUUUUUUAUCUUUACCAUUUCUAUUUAGAGCAGAGGCUGUUCCUAGUAAAUGUUCAUUGGAGAAAAGAGUAGUGAGGGAUGUGUACAAUUAUUUGCCUUGGAUCUUUAGUUGACGUUUAGAGAGAGAGAGAGAGGUUAUUGGGUGGAUGGGUUUUAGAUGAGGAUGUGUACAUGUACAUAUGUGAUGAUGAAAUAUACACAAGAUUGGAGGCCCCUUUGGAGGAAAUGAAAUUGUGUGGUGGGUACGUACGUAUUGGGUUAGUGAAAGAAGGAUGAGGUCAUUGAUAUUGAUGUUUCUUUUCUCAAUCAUUUAAUCAAUAAAAAAAUUUCUACAAUUUUUUCAUUUCAAUGUUUCCAUGUAUUAUCAUUGUAGACAUGUAAACACCUUCAUAUCUAUACAGAACCCCCUUUUUAUUUUUA